AGCCACAAUGCAUGACGUAUAUGAUCCUGACGUACAUGUUCAUGUGGAGCCCAAGUAAACAAAAUAAAAAUAACCACUCAACAUAAACAAGGGGCGAGUCUGGAUAUCUCUGCCGGCUCAAACAUGCAGCCUACCAACGGCGAUCAAAACCACUCUAUCAAAGAGGGCAUGGCACUUGUUCCAGCACCCGAUGCUCCGCUUUUCGCGGAGGUCGACAUGGGAGCAGACUCCUCCGCACUUACCGUCCGAGCCACCGUCGUCCAGGCCUCCACCGUCUUCUAUGACACUCCCGCCACUCUUGAUAAGGCAGAGAGAUUAUUGGCGGAAGCAGCUGCUUAUGGAUCCCAGCUUGUUGUGUUUCCUGAAGCUUUUAUUGGUGGUUACCCUCGUGGAUCCAAUUUUGGUGCUGCCGUUGGAAAUAGAACUCCCAAAGGCAGAGAGGAGUUCCGCAAAUAUCAUGCUUCAGCCAUUAAUGUCCCAGGUCCUGAAGUGGAUCGCUUGGCAGCUAUGGCUGGAAAAUAUAAACUAUAUUUAGUAAUGGGUGUGAUAGAGAGAGAUGGAUAUACUCUUUAUUGCACUAUUUUGUUUUUUGAUUCUCAAGGUCAUUACCUGGGAAAGCACCGAAAACUCAUGCCAACUGCCACAGAGCGUAUAGUUUGGGGAUUUGGGGAUGGAUCAACAAUUCCUGUUAUUGACACCCCAAUUGGAAAAAUUGGUGGUGCUAUUUGUUGGGAAAAUAGAAUGCCACUUCUAAGGACAGCUAUGUAUGGUAAAGGUGUUGAGAUAUAUUGUGCACCAACUGCUGAUGCCAGAGGCACUUGGCAAGCAACAAUGAAGCACAUUGCUCUUGAGGGUGGGUGUUUCGUGCUAUCUGCCAAUCAGUUCUGCCGAAGGAAAGAUUACCCAUCUCCUCCAGAGUACAUAUUUUCUGGAAUAGAAGAAGAACUCACACCAGAUUCUGUUGUCUGUGCUGGAGGCAGUGUUAUCAUCUCACCCUUGGGGACUGUUUUAGCAGGACCCAAUUAUGAUGGGGAGGCAUUGAUCUCAGCAGACCUAGAUCUUGGAGAAAUAGCUUGUGCAAAGUUCGACUUUGAUGUGGUUGGGCAUUAUUCAAGGUCUGAAGUUCUAAGCUUGACUGUAAGGGACCAUCCAACAAAUGCAGUUACCUUCACAUCAGCAGCUGCAAAAACUGAAGGCUCUAGUAGAUAGUUGCCUUAUCAGCCAGCAAAUUUUCACAAAAUGAAGUGGCAACUUCACUAAUAAUUGAAUGGGCAACACCAUCUUCGUUAAGAGUGAUUAAAGAUAUGGCUGCUGUUGUAUCUGUUUUUAUUGACAAGUGUCUCCUUGAAUGGGAAAUGUCUUGACUUCUUCUGGUUAUUGGAUGUAGAUGUGAUAAUUCAGCUUCUAGCAAUAAAUAAUGGCUGCCGCAGGAUUCCAAUCUUGCACAAAGCCUUGUUACUCCA